UUUUGAUGGUGGAUAAAUAAAUUCUAAAAAGUACAAUCGUAAUAUGCAUAAAUAGUUAGAUAAACCAUUAUGUUGUAAUGGGAUAAACAUUAGGAUUCCACCAAGACAAUUCUUGCUAUUCAGAGUGCCAGAGUUGUGUUGUGUGAUUAAAACAGUUCUCCCCUCUACUCUUACUAACAUAGUACACCCCCGUGGAUGUAUUUCCACAUCCAGUUGCCUAACAGAACUCCUCAACCUAUAAUCGGGCUCUUAUUUUGAAACGGCUGCGAACACAGUGGAUGGUAGCUCUAUCCAAGUUUCAGCCAUCUUAAUAGUGAGCCUAGAUGUGAUUUUAACGUCAGAUAAACAUUGACAUGUGCGCUCUGUAGCUGAUACACGUGUCGCUACAUGAAUGUAUCAGUGUGGUCGAGGUAUACUCUCAGCGUAGAGAACGGAGGAAAAACGGCUCGGGGUUAGCCGCUAAAGGGCCAACGACGGAGGACAUGUUCGCUGUACUUGAGACCGUGGCGCAGCACGAACACCACAGGGUGGACCGGGACAAUUGCUGUCAGAGGAGAACGUUCGAUGCCAACCUAAAACCCAAAGUCAGGCUGCACAAAGCAGACGACCAGAAGCUUUUGGAACUUAAAGAAGAGGUUCUGCCUGAGCAGAUGGAGUGGAGGUCCAUCAACCAAGAGGAACCUGAACCGCUCAAAUGUAAAGAGGAAGAAGAGGAAGUGUCCAUCAAACAAGAGGAGAAUGACAUUAUUGCUGUGAUUGUUAACAGUGAAGAAGAAUUGGAUUCUCAGUUUUUACAGCUUCAUCAGAGUCAGGCUGAGGAGAACAGAAAGGACUCUGGUUUAAACCGGUGUUUAAGACCAUGGGUUGAGGAUGAAAGCGACGAAUCGUCUGAGACUGAAGAUAGUGAAGAUGAUUGGAAGGAGACCACAGAAGGAUCAACUCCGAAGACGGUAAAGCACAAAAGAGCAUCCAUCAAUGUCAACAAUGAGUGUUGUGUUGACCGUUGGCUUCAGCGGAUUAUCAAACAGAGAAGGUUCAAGAAUCUGGCAAUGAGGCAGGAGUCACAGCUUCAAAAACCACCACAUUGAGACGCAUCUGGGAAAUGGGCUACAACCGUCGGGUUCCUCUGGUCAAGCCACUUCUGAGCCUGAGCCAAUGUAGGAAGCGUCUCAACUGGGCCAAGGAGAAGAAGGACUGGACUGUUGGCCAGUGGUCCACAGUCUUCUUUUCUGAUGAAAGUAAAGUGUGCCUUUCAUUUGAGAAUCAAGGUCCAAGGGUUUUGAGGAAGAUGGGUGAGGAACAGUACCCUUGCUGCUUGAGGUCCAGUGUGAAAUGUCCACAGUCAGUCAUGAUUUGGGGUGCAAUGUCCAGUGCAGGUGUUGGUAAAUUCCGCUUUCUUAAAUCCAAGGUCACCGCAACAGUCUACCAGAAUGUUUCAGCGGACUUAAUGAUUCCUUCUGCUAAAGAUCUGUACGGAGGUGCAGAGUUCAUAUUCCAGGAGGACCUGGCCCCUGCCCAUACUGCCAGAAGCACCAAAACCUGGUUUGAUGCCCAUGUCAUGACAGUGCCUGAGUGGCCAGCCAACUCGCUGGACCUAAACCCCAUUGAAAAUCUAUGGGGUAUUAUCAAGAGGAAAAUGAGGGGCACCAGACCCAAAAACAAAGAAGAGCUGACAGCAAGCAUUAAGGAAACCUGGGCUUUUAUUUAACUCCCAGGAAAUGCCACAGGCUGAUUGCAUCAAUGCCAUGGUGCAUCGAGACAGUGAUUAAGGCAAAGGGAUUCCCAACCAAAUACUGAAGAUUGACAUAUUGUUUUUAAAAUACCAUACUGGUUGAUUGAUUUGAUGUAAUACCAAUUUCUUUUUUUUUUCUCUGCAGAAACAGAAGUAAAUGGUGAUUUCUCCACAGUAUUUUCAUUUUUUGAAUUCCUGUUUUGUGGGUUGUAGAAAU